CGCCGCAGCACCCGCGCCGCACAUCCCGCUCCGCUUGCUCGCGAGAAGGCUGGCCACCAUGGCGGAGCCGCUCAAGUCUGUGGACUACGAAGUGUUCGGGAGAGUGCAGGGUAGCCUCCCUGGUGAUGUGGGUAGCAGUCCAGUCAUCCUUGUUCCACAUCUAGUAUCCUCCUAUGAUAUACUGCCAUCAGGAAACACUGCAAAGUUAUAAAGUACCCUAACUGUGGAAUGUUCAUAUGCUCCUACCCAGGAACAGCUGCUGUGUGCAAGCAGUAUCUUUUGACUUCCUUGGAGGUGUUUGCUUCAGAAUGUACACAGAAGGAGAAGCUAAGAAAAGAGGAGUGGUUGGCUGGGUGAAGAAUACAAGCAAAGGGACUGUGACAGGUCAAGUGCAAGGUCCCGAAGAAAAGGUGGAUUCCAUUGCCCCACGUAUGACGUGCAUCGCACUGUGUGCUUGGUGCCUGGGGAGGCCAAAAGAAGACAGUGAAUCCCCUGGAACUGGAGUUACAGAUGGUUGUGAGCUGCCAUGUGGAUGCCAAGUCUUCUGCAAGAGCAGAAAGCCUGGCUAAGCAAGGUUGGGAGUCCUAGUUCUCGCAUCGACCGGACAGACUUUUCUAAUGAAAAAACCAUCUCUAAACUGGAAUACUCUAAUUUUAGUAUUCGAUAUUAAUGGGAGAAAAAUAACAAUUGUAAAGUUACAUUGCAGGAAAUAAAACACUUUCUUAAAUUUGUAGUAGUAGGAUUAAAAAAUGGGGACUUUCUGUUCUGGAAACCUCAGAAUUAUGUUACUAAAAUGUCUGAAACUGAAAAACUUUUACCCACCUAUGUUUUCAGCAAGAAGAAAACAAAUAUUAUAAAAUAAAAUGUUGUAAAGUAUCA